GGAGAGGUGUUUGCUCGAGGAGGGGAGGAAAGAACUGCAGGCACGUGUCGCGCUGUGGUGGUGACGAGUGCCAUCUGGAGCUUCCUCCUCUCGGAGCGGCCAUAGCCAACCUGUGCAAGUAUGGAAUCUUUGUCCGCCAUCGCCGCCGGGACAUAUAGCUUGAACGACGAUUCCCAGGACCACAUCAACGAUACCGAUAAUGCAAAUCGCCAUAGCCAAACAGGUCACGAGCUCUACGCGGCCUCUUUAGAAUCGAUCCUAGCUGCCGCCAAGCGCAUAGGACCUCUCAUACAUCGAACGGCUGUGCUUACCAGCUCCUCCAUAGCUGAGUUGUCGGGAAAUCGCACGUUCUUUUUCAAGUGUGAGAUGUUCCAGAAAGGGGGUUCCUUCAAAUUCCGCGGUGCAUGCAAUGCCGUAUAUUCCAUUUCAGAUGACUGCAUUGCCAAAGGAGUUGUGACUCACAGCAGUGGCAACCAUGCAGCUGCACUUGCACUUGCAGCUAGAGUUCGAGGCAUGCCGGCGUACAUCGUUAUCCCAAAGAACACACCGAUUUGCAAGCUAGAGGCAGUGAAACGCUAUGGAGGAGUGGUUCAUCUCUGUGAGCCCAGCCUGAUCUCCAGAGAAAGGACUGCAGAGGCAAUUGUUAGUCAGACUGGGGCAACCUUUAUUCCACCAUAUAAUCAUGGCGCUGUCAUCAGUGGACAGGGGACUGUCGCACUCGAACUUCUGGAUCAGGUUCCAGACCUGGAUGCAAUUGUGGCGCCAAUCAGCGGUGGAGGAUUGUUAUCUGGCAUUGUUCUAGCAGCCAAAGGGAUCAACCCUCAGAUUCACGUCAUUGCAGCAGAGCCAAAGGGAGCUGAUGACGUGGCACGGUCAAAGGCAGCAGGUCAGCUUCUGAAGUGCGAAAAUCCAUGCACAAUAGCAGACGGGCUCCGAGCAUCCAUGGGCGAGUACACCUGGCCUAUUGUGCGCGACUUGGUCGAUGGUGUGAUUACUGUGGAUGAGGAGGAGAUUGUAUCAGCCAUGAAGAUUUGUUACCAGCAGUUGAAAGUCGUAGCUGAGCCAAGUGGUGCUGUCAGCCUGGCCGCGGUCUUGUCUCCUCAAUUCACAGCCCCCUCUUCUGCAUGGGCAGGAGCAAAAAGAGUGGGGGUGGUUUUGAGUGGUGGAAAUGUUGAUUUGGAGGUGUUAUGGAAAUCAUUUAUACCUCCACAUUAAUUUUUUCUAAAGUGAAAUAAUAUAGAAUAAAAUGUGUUAAAAAAAAAAGACUAAAAAAAGACUAAAAAAAGAAUAAAAUGUGUUAAAUAAC